AUGUCGGAAUUAUCUCCACAGCCGCCGCUUGACGCCGUCGACGACGCUAUCUUUGCACUUCCGGUUGCCAUCGUCCUCUUUAUUUGUAUACUCUACUACGUGGUUCAAACCCUUUGUUGUAAAGAACGGGAAGCUGGAGAAAUAUUGCCGGUGACGGCGCCGCCGGAGAUCGUACCGGCACAGAUAAGGCCCCUGUUAUUUGAGGCCUCGGAGUUCACUGACGGCGGCGGCGGCGAAUGUGUGAUUUGCCUGUGCGGAUAUGAAGAAGGGGAGAAGUGGCUGAAGAUGAAGUGCGGCCAUAUAUUUCACCGGAGCUGUAUUGAGCGGUGGCUGAUGGUGGGCCGCCACUGCCCGCUUUGCCGGAGCUGCCUUUCCGCCGUCGUCGUCCACUGCGGAGGCGCCACCGUCCCUCAAAUUCCCCAAAUGUCUGAUCUCCGGAGAAUACGAACAUGA